UUCGGUGUACUUUCGUUUUCGCCUCAAAGUGAAAGUAACCCGUCGGCUCGUGGGCUCGAGACGUGUUCGCUUCAUCGAUGAGCGGCGACAUUUAGGACAGUCACGUGACAUCUGAGCGCACCUGCUGCUGAGCCUGACCCUCCAGAGAUGGCGCGACGCGACCACCGCAACGACAGCUCCCAGAUCAGAGGGGUGCUGCAGGGUGAAGGCCGGCCCCUCCCCUCCCCCUCCCCCUCCCCACGCUCCAGCCCAGCGGCCGUGAGGAGGAGGACUGGCGAGGAGCUGAGGGGGGACGUCCCUCCGUCGGGCCGUACUGUACUGGCCGAUCUGAAGCACCUCCCCCGUAGCGAGAAGAGGCGGGGCCGCCUGACCUUCAGCAAGACAGACGCCGUCCUCGUAAAUGUGAGACUCGUCGACUUGACCUUUUGGUCAGGAGCCAGAAGGUCACCUGAUCAAUGGGAGGGUCAGAGAGUGGAGCAAGCAGAGGCUGUUAUGAUCAUCUUUGAUCCCCGAUGAGUAAAACGCUUUGUUCUCAGGUGGAUGUUUUCAACCGCGAAGGACGACUUGUGGCUCAGCAGGGGGCCGACAUGUGGAACAGCAGCGUUGUGAAGAUGCCGUGUUCCCCGUGGAGCUCCAUGGUGAAGCCUGGAGGUGCAUUCAAGGCCGCGGCCCCGGCGAGGAGGUGGGAGGUGAUCUCCAAGCAGCUCGGCGCUCUGGCCAGGAAGACGGCGGCGAGCGCCGAGGACGUCGAGGGCGCCGUCAUGAAAUACAACCCCAAAUAUAAAGACCAGUGGUCCUUUGAUGCCCUCUGCAGAUUUGUGAAGAUCGUCCCGGAGACGGAAAAUUAUUUCCCCAAAUUGUUUCCAAAGAUGGCGGCGUUGGCUUUGCGUCUUCCCGACUACGUGAAGAAGAGCGUCCCGCUGCUCCGGAGGGGCGAAGCUGCCUCCGUCACCCUGUCCCAAGUGCAGAUAUCCUGCCUCCUCGCCAACGCCUUCUUCUGCACCUUCCCCCACCGCAACACCACCAGCUCCACCGCCGAGUACCACCGCUACCCCUCCAUCAACUUCACUAGCCUGCUGGGUCAGUGGUCCGAGCGGAAGAAGGAGAAGCUGAGGGCCGUCCUGCAUUACUUCCACGUGAUGACGGAGGAGAAAACUAAAUCUGAAGGACUGGUGACGUUUGAAAGGCGCUGUGUCAGAGACUCCGAUUUGGUCAACUGGGGGAGCUGUAAAGAGAAGAUGAAUAAACUUUACGUCUCGUCACACGGAACCAUUGAGACCGAAGGCACUGGUUUGCUCCAGGUGGACUUUGCCUCCAGCUGGAUCGGUGGAGGUGUUCUGGGUUCUGGUCUGGUGCAGGAGGAGAUCCUGUUCCUCAUGAACCCGGAGCUGAUCGUGUCUCGCCUCUUCACUGAGAAGCUGGCGGACAACGAGUGUCUGAUCGUCACAGGCUCUCAGCAGUUCAGCUCCUACUCGGGUUUCGGGGACAGCUUCGAGUGGGCCGGCCCUCACGAAGACGUCCUGCGCAGAGACAAGUGGGCUCGGCUGCAGAGGCAGAUCGUAGCCAUCGACGCGGUGCACUUUAAACAGAGGAGGGAUCAAUACAACAUGAUCAGCGUGAGGCGGGAACUCAACAAGGCGUUCUGCGGAUUCAAGCGUCGCGACCACGACGAGCCGGACAUCGCCACGGGCAAGUGGGGCUGCGGCGCCUUCAACGGAGACCCUCAGCUCAAAGCCACGAUCCAGCUGAUGGCGGCGGCGGCGGCCGGCAGGGGUUUGGCCUUCUUCACCUUCAGGGACGAGGAGCUGGAGCUGGGCCUGCGGAGGACGCACCACCUGCUGGUGGAGGAGGGGGUGACAGUCGAGAAGCUGUUCAGACUCCUGGAGGACUUCUGCGCCGCUCAGCAGGCGUCGGGCGGCUCCCACGUGGACCUGUUCCACUUCAUCUGGACCAGCAUCGGGCCCUCCAGGAGUCAGCUGUGAGGAGGGACGCAGGCGUUGCACUAAAAUCCAACACGAAUGUUUUUUAUACAGUGAUGAAGAAUUGCGAUUUGGUUUUUGUUGGUGGUAAAGGUAUUUUUUGGCGUUUGCACAUUACUUUGUUUAAUAAUUUUACCAGCGUUGAAAGGUUUAUUUUUAUAAUUCUUUGUGUCUUUGUGAUUUCUCCUAACUGGCCAAGUUCUCCUCUGAAUAAACUCCUCAGUACUUAGAA